AGAGAGAGAGAGAGAGAGGUAAUACCUUGUACCAAAACACAUGCGUCUAUAUUCGCAAUCUUGACGAAGAACGCCUCCAGAGAAAACAUGCUGAUGAUGGAUCCAUGAACCCUAGCACUCACAUGUAGUCUUGGAUCCGUGAGGAAUUUGUAGCACGUACUUGAUUGUCCGUUUAUGUCCUCCUUCGUUUCUAUUUUUUUCAUCAUCUUUCUCGCCCUGAGACGGCUAUCGCCGCGGCGGCGAAUGGAUGGAGUGUCGUCUCCAAAGUCCUAUCUAAGCCUCAUCAAAAACCGCUUCUUGAGGUGAUCUCCACGCUCUCCACCCCCAAUGGCCCUCAAAGGCGGGGCCUUUCCUAGUUCCCUCGCCCUUCUCGCUCUCCUUCUCGUCCUAUUCCCCCUCCCCCUCACCCGGCCGCCGCUCUUCGAUCCGUCCAGUGGCCCCUCUCCUCGCCUCGGCCCCAAGAACGGAACCCUAACCCUCUCCCGUAAUUACGUGGUGAGGUUCCUGGAGUACAGGAAGGCGGAGGACCACUGGGCCUACCUCGAGGAGACUCUUGGAUCAUUGGACGGGUGGAGAUGGAUCGAGAGGAGGAACCCGGCGGCGUCAUUCCCCACAGAUUUCGGGGUCUUGGAGAUAGAGGAUUUGCAUCGGAUGUCUUUGAUCAAGGAGCUCGAGACGUUGGGGCGGGUGAAGGACGUAUUCGUCGAUUCGAGCUAUUCUCGGAGUUUGUUUGCGGAGGAAAAUCCGAACGAUGGAACCUUUCUAGAGUGCAAGAAACGCCCUGGGAAAAUUUUCACAUCGAUGUCGUUCGAGGAGGAAGAAGACCGGGCGUAUACUCCGCUUAGCAAUGCAUCAAUUUGCUGGAAAAGGAAGCUUUUGGUGCAGAGAUCCCAAGUUACAUCUCUUUUUGGAGCUGACAGACUUUGGGCUCAGGGAUUCACUGGUGCAAAAGUUAGAAUGGCAAUUUUUGACACCGGUAUUCGAGCAAAUCACCCUCAUUUUCGUAAUAUCAAGGAGCGCACUAACUGGACAAAUGAGGAUACAUUAAAUGACAAUCUUGGGCAUGGGACCUUUGUAGCAGGUGUUAUUGCUGGCGAAGAUGCAGAGUGCCUGGGUUUUGCUCCAGACACUGAAAUCUAUGCAUUUCGAGUAUUCACUGAUGCUCAGGUAUCUUACACGUCAUGGUUUCUUGAUGCAUUUAAUUAUGCUAUUGCGACCAAUAUGGAUGUGCUGAAUUUAAGUAUUGGCGGGCCUGAUUAUCUGGAUCUCCCAUUUGUGGAAAAGGUUUGGGAGCUCACAGCAAAUAAUAUUAUUAUGGUGUCAGCUAUUGGAAAUGAUGGACCUUUGUAUGGCACACUAAAUAAUCCAGCGGACCAGAGUGACGUUAUUGGAGUUGGUGGUAUUGAUUACAAUGAUCAUAUUGCUUCUUUCUCCUCACGUGGCAUGAGUACAUGGGAGAUUCCGCAUGGAUAUGGCCGUGUGAAACCAGAUGUGGUUGCAUAUGGUCGUGAAAUAAUGGGAUCCAAGAUCAGCACAGGUUGCAAAAGCCUCUCAGGCACCAGUGUUGCAAGUCCAGUGGUUGCUGGUGUGGUAUGCUUGCUUGUAAGUGUUAUCCCAGAAAAAAACCGGAAAGAUCUUCUGAAUCCUGCAAGCAUGAAGCAAGCUCUAGUUGAGGGUGCCAGGAAGCUUUCUGGUUCUAAUAUGUAUGAGCAAGGUGCAGGCAGACUCAAUCUCUGGGAGUCUUAUGAAAUCCUGAAAAGCUAUCAACCCCGAGCUAGCAUUUUCCCGAGUGUUCUUGACUAUACAGAUUGUCCCUACUCCUGGCCUUUUUGUCGCCAACCUUUAUAUGCUGGGGCCAUGCCUGUCAUCUUCAAUGCUACAAUCCUUAAUGGCAUGGGUGUGAUUGGUUAUGUUGAGAGCCCGCCUAUAUGGCAGCCUUUUGAUGAGGUUGGCAAUCUGCUCAGCAUUUACUUCACAUACUCAGAUGUCAUCUGGCCUUGGACUGGUCACCUUGCGCUUCACAUGCAGGUCAAGGAAGAAGGUGCCCAAUUCUCAGGUCUGAUUGAGGGUAAUGUGACACUUAAAGUAUACAGUCCACCAUCUCGUGGAGAAAAAAGCGCACAAAGUAGUACAUGUGUGCUUUACUUGAAACUAAAAGUGGUUCCAACCCCACCUAGAUCAAAGAGAAUUCUAUGGGACCAAUUUCACAACAUAAAAUACCCACCUGGAUAUAUUCCAAGAGAUUCUCUGGAUGUUCGUAAUGACAUUCUUGAUUGGCAUGGUGAUCACCUGCACACAAAUUUCCACAUCAUGUACAACAUGCUACGGGAUGCAGGGUACUAUGUUGAGACACUUGGAUCACCCUUUACAUGUUUUGAUGCUAGACAUUAUGGAACCUUGCUCAUGGUGGAUCUUGAAGAGGAAUAUUUCAGAGAGGAAAUUGAGAAACUUAGAGAUGAUGUUAUUAAUGGAGGGCUGGGACUUGCUGUUUUUGCUGAAUGGUACAAUGUAGAUUCGAUGGUGAAGAUGAGAUUUUUUGAUGAUAACACGCGGAGUUGGUGGACUCCAGUUACUGGAGGUGCAAAUAUCCCUGCGCUUAAUGAGCUCUUGACCCCAUUUGGUAUUGCCUUUGGGGAUAAAAUUUUAAAUGGUGAUUUCUCGAUCAACGGUGAGCAGAGUCAUUAUGCCUCUGGAACUGAUAUAGUGAAAUUUCCAGGGGGUGGUUAUGUACAUAGUUUUGAAUUUCAGGACAACUCAGAAAGUGGUGCUAUGCAGAACAUACUGCAGACUUCUGGGAUGACCAAGCUCUCUUCAAUUCUUGGCCUAGUGGAGAUUGGUAGGGGUCGAAUCGCAGUCUAUGGGGAUUCCAACUGCCUUGACAGUAGUCACAUGGUAACAAACUGCUAUUGGCUUCUGAGGAAGAUACUGGACUUCACCAACAAGAAUGUUAAAGAUCCAGUGCUUUUCGCAGACCCGGCAAAAACCAAGGUCCCGCUGCAUGAGGAUGGUAGCCAGUUACCAUCCCGUAGAACUGAUGUAAACUUUUCGUCAUAUUCUGCAGUAGUGGGCAAAGAGUUGAUCUGCCACCACGACUCUAGGUUUGAGGUUUGGGGGACAAAAGGUUAUGGUCAACUCAUUGGCAGGAACAGAAAACUACCAGGAUAUCCUACCAUUGAGCUGGUUAAUGAUUUGAACAUCACAAUGAUGGGAUCCAAUCUAAGAUCAGAUGAAGUUACAAUACAGAUUGAUGGAGGAAAUAAUUCUGGAGCCAUUGGUAGAAACAAGUUUCACAAUAGCGUGGAUUUCUUGGGUCUGCUCAACCAUGAUGAGGUUGACAUACCCAUGUUAAUGGCAAGUCAAUGGGUCGUACCUUUGUUCGUUGCUGUGACUGGUCUUCUGUUAUGCCUGAGCUGGCGUAUGCGGCAGAAGCGACGACGGCGAAGGAGAGGGUCGGGAUCAGGUCGAGUUUCAAACCUAGUUUAGCUGCACCAACUGUUAUAGUUUUCAAUGGACUAUAUUUCUGGCUGUGCCAUGGUCAUAUAGGUUACCUUUAGAUCAAUUUAACAGGAGAUUUCAUGUACCUAUGACAGUUGCAUUUGAGGACUUGAGAAGUAGCCUAAUGUAUCAGUCAUAGAUUUGUGGGGUCCAGAAUCUGAUGCUCUUGACCCAGAAGGGAGCAUGAUAGCCCUUCGGCUGCCUUGAGAUCAGACUCCGGAUGGUUGUCAAAAUGCCCCAAUGUUGUAUUAUCAUCCAUUAAUUUUGUUGUGUUAGGAACUGCUAGUGCUAUCAAUCACAAUCAAUUAUUGGCUUUUUAGCCUUAACCUGAAUUUUUAUGAGGUCACCAA